GACUUAGGUACGAUUUGGAUGCGGAGGUACGUUUGAAGCAAUCGGACACCAUGCAAAAGGCGAUGGAGGUCGCUCGGUGGUGCGAUGAGCACCUGGCCACGACGCGAAGGGGACAGGUGGAUCUCCGUGCCCCAGAGCUGCGCCGGGCGCUGAUCAGCUCGAGCACAUUCAAUACAGGGGCCAAACCAACGAGCAACAUUCGACCCCCUGUCCCGGAGACCAAGCGAUUGACGAUCGAAGAGAUGGCUCGGAGGCUUGAGAAGGGGUUGUAUUAUAUGUUUGUUUUCUGUGCUAACUUUGCUCGGUCUAUUCAAUGUAGAAGUAUGAAUACUCGCAACCGUAACCGUCAGCCAUCCCCAUCUCCUUCUCCUCCUCGUCGUCAGUGCCAGGCCCCUCCGGCCAUGGACCUCACCCAGCUGAUUGUUAAGUUUCAGCGCAUGAAUGCGCCUACUUUCUCGGGGACGAAGAACCCCACAGCUGUGCUUGAGUGGAUGAAGGAGUUGGACAAAAUCUUUGCUGUGCUUCCCCUUCCCGACCGUCAGUGCGUGUCUCUUGCGGCGUAUCAGAUGAAGGAAGACGCCUCAGAUUGGUGGAUUGAGAUUUGGGCUCGGAGGCCCGAGGCAGAGCUUCAUGCUCUCACUUGGGAGCAAAUGAAGGUGAUGGUGCGCAGUAAGUUCCUUCCUCAGAGCUUUUGGGACAGGAUGGAGCACGAAUUCUAUCACUUGCAGCAGGGCAGUUCCAGAGUGGAUGAGUACAUCCGCACCUUCACCCGUAUGUGCCUUUUCGCGGGGAACUUUGGCAGACGUGACGACCGACCCACUCAGGGUCAAAUGCCGAGGUGCCCUAAAUGCGGCAGGUUCCACGCAGGGGAGUGCUUAGCAGACCAGCGAGCUUGUUACAACUGCAACCGUGCGGGCCAUUUUGCCAGUGUCUGUCCAGAGCCCAGGAGGCAGCAGCAGCAGCAGCAGCGUCUUCCUCAGCAGCAGCAGCUUCCCCCACCACCGCACCAGCAGCAGCAGCAACCCCCACCGUUCCAGCAGAGGACUGGAGGUCAGGCUCGUGUCUAUACCCUCACCCAUGAUGAGGCCGCUCGUAAUGCAGGUACCAUGUCCGGAAUGCUUUCUAUAUCCCAUGUGCCUGUUUUUUCUUUGUGUGAUACCGGUGCUACCCAUUCUUUCAUUUCGUCUCGUUGUUUGGAGGCCUUAUCUCUUAGCACCGUGCAUGCUUGUGAUCCUCUCGAGGUUAGCUUAGCCUCGGGGAAAGUUAUUGUUUCUGAUUCAGUAGUUCGCAAUCUUCCUAUCUGU